CCCACCUCCAUACACUCCACUGGAGGCUCUGAUGCCGCUACUGAACUUGCCAGGACCAGGCCGCCACCGCCAUCCUGUUCAGGCAGAGAUUCCUGCAACUCCUUUUUCCACUGAGACAGAACCUGACUACACAAUGCUGAUGCAGCCACAGAAACUGCUGGGACCGAGCUUCUACUGCCCCCACAUUGCUCAGAUGUCACAUCAUUACAUGCUAGGAUGACGCACAGAUGUGUCCAUCUGACUGCAUGUGAUUAAGCAAACAUACCCCAUCCUACGUCUGCAGGAUUUGUUUCCCCCGCCUACCUAUGACUUCUUCCCUCCUGCGGUGCGGGAUAUUACACCAGCGGGGGGAGAGAGAGAGGGAGAGGAAUGCUGCUGCUGCUGCCGGAGGAGAAGCACUGCCGUUGAUCGGUCACAUAUGGAGAGCAGGAUGGAGAGCAGAGCAAUGCCUGCCGCCUGCCUUGUGGGGAUACUCUUCCUGUCUGCUCUCCUCAGUCUGGUCUCUGGGCAGAACGCAGACACUCAGUGGACAACAGAAAAAAGUUCACAUCGCCCACUUGUUUUGCGAACAGCUGAUGUCCGACGCGUUUUGUCCCAGACAGAUAUUUCUCAAAUGUGGAAGAUGGAUCUAAAACCUAUUCUUAUUGAAAGAUUUUCUGGAUCACCAGGAAAUUACGCAGUGCGGCAACACAUUAAACAGCGUUUGCAAAGACUUCGGGCUGGUUGGCACAUAGAAGAAGAUACAUUUGAAAGCCAAACUCCUUUUGGAUAUGUGUCAUUCUCCAAUAUUAUCAGUACCUUGAAUCCUUCAGCUAAGCGUCAUUUGGUAUUGGCUUGCCAUUACGAUUCAAAAUACUUCAGUCCUCAAUGGGAUGGCAAAAUAUUUGUUGGCGCUACAGAUUCCGCUGUACCAUGUGCAAUGCUAUUAGAGCUAGCUCGUGCUCUAGAUUAUCGUCUACAACAAUUAAAGAGAAGCUCAGGAUCAAAACCAGAUCUCUCUCUUCAAUUGAUAUUCUUUGAUGGCGAGGAAGCAUUUCGUCAGUGGUCACCUUAUGAUUCCCUCUAUGGCUCUCAACAUUUAGCACAGAAGAUGGAAAAUACUCCCCACCCACCCAAUGCAGACAGCACAAAUCAGCUUCAUGGCAUUGAUUUACUUAUUUUACUUGAUUUAAUUGGAGCUGCAAAUGCUACUUUUCCAAACUACUUUCAAAACACCAAUCGAUGGUAUAACAGGCUACAAUCUAUUGAGAGAAGACUCCAUGAUCUUGGUUUACUCAAAGAUCAUUCUACUGAAACCUUAUAUUUUCUAAGCAGUUUGCGAGCUAGACAAGUUGAUGAUGACCAUGUUCCAUUUUUACAAAGGGGUGUUCCAGUCCUACACCUUAUUCCUUCCCCCUUUCCUGAUGUUUGGCACACAAUGGAAGAUACUGAAGAAAAUCUUGAUUCUUCAACUAUAAACAAUAUCAAUAAAAUUGUACAAGUGUUUGUUCUUGAAUACCUUAAUAUAUGAUGCUACUGGAAGAGGCUACAAAAUGGGAAGUAGCGUUAAAAAAAAGUUUGUGAACCCCUAAAUAUUAAGUCUAUUUCAUAAUGACAGGUAAAUAUAAUGCA